UGAGGAAGUGCCGCCGGUGCCCGUGCCCAGCGCUCCUCCGUCCGGUUCCGCCUCCCGGGAUGUGCUGAGGGCGCGUCCGCCGCCCCUCCCAGGCGUGAAUGACAGAGGAGGUGCCCCCGACUGCACUGACGGAUGUGAACCUGCGCCUGCUCUGCCACGAUGACAUAGACACGGUGAAACAGCUCUGUGGAGACUGGUUCCCAAUAGAGUACCCUGACUCAUGGUACCGAGAUAUCACUUCCAACAAGAAGUUCUUUUCCCUCGCAGCCACAUACAGAGGCUCCAUCGUGGGGAUGAUCGUGGCAGAGAUCAAGAGCAGGACAAAGGUGCACAAAGAGGAUGGAGAUAUCCUAGCUUCCAACUUUCCUGUGGACACUCAAGUUGCUUACAUCCUAAGUCUUGGAGUGGUGAAGGAGUUCAGAAAACAUGGAAUAGGUUCCCUCUUGCUUGAGAGUCUGAAAGAUCACAUUUCCACCACUGCCCAGGACCACUGCAAAGCCAUCUACCUGCACGUGCUCACCACCAACAACACAGCAAUAAACUUCUAUGAAAACAGAGACUUUAAACAGCACCACUAUCUCCCCUAUUACUAUUCCAUCCGAGGGGUCCUCAAAGAUGGCUUCACCUACGUCCUGUACAUCAACGGUGGGCACCCACCCUGGACAAUCUUUGACUACCUACAGCACAUUGGCUCCACACUAGCCAGCCUGAGCCCAUGCUCCAUUCCCCAGAGGAUAUACAGACAAGCCCAGAGCCUCCUCUGCAGCCUCCUGCCCUGGUCUGGCAUUUCUGCCAAGAGCAGCAUCGAGUACAGCCGGACAAUGUGACGGACUGGGGGUGCACAGGAAGCACAGGAUUGUUUCUCCUUCCACCUGACACCUGGCUCUGCACUGGUUCCAGUGAUGACAGCUCUUGGCCGGUGACCCAGCCCGCGGAUGGGACUCCCUGCUCCGCAGGGACUGACCUUUGGUAGAACUCCACCCUGGGGCUGCAGCCCCACGUGGGCUGGGUGGGCCUGGCCGUGCCGCAGCCGCGGGCUCUCGCUGUCACCACUCCGUGCAUGUUGCACUGUCCCCGCCACUUCCCUGCCCCGGUUUGCUCCUCCCCACAGCCGGGGUGUCGAGGGCUCAGCUGCUGCUCCCGCUCCAUCCACAGCUGCUGAGAGCAGCUGAGGGAGGUUCAUGGAUCCGCACUGAGGAACCACUUUCAUCAACUGGGAGAGCCCUGGCAGGCCCCGACUGCCAGGGCAGAGUCUGCCCUUGUUGCUGGGGAAGGGGGUGGCUGAGGGAGGGGAAAGGGAGGGAAUGGGAAUCAUGUUUAGGUCCUGCCACAUCAGCUUCUGGUGUGUCCUGUGGGUAACUUCCAGGGAGAGCAACUGCCUCGCAUGAGAAACUACCCAGCCCCACCAGCCCUCUGGAGUGAUGUACAAAGAACUAUAUAAUUCAGGAUGCAUAAAGUAGAAGGCAGGGAAUGAAAUUGCUAUUUCAUAGUGAAAUAUAUAUGUAUUAUACUGUAUAGAUCUUUCUGCCUUUGUCCAGGAUGGAAUGUAGCAGGGGAAGGGAGCUUGGAGUGUAGAGUCUGGUCCUGAGCCCUUCUCCCCAUCCUUAGCACCAGGCUGGACUUCGCGGGCUCUCGAGGGAUGGGAUGUGUGCACAGAUCACGACAGCGUUUCCUUGCUGAGGAAGAUCCCCCAGCUGCUCAGUGUCGUGCUUUGGGCUGUGCUGGGCAGUCUCUCGCUGGCUGCCUGUGUCCUGGCUGCAGGACCCUCUGGCUGGACUGAGCAGCUCAUGUGCAGCCUGCGUGGAGGCCCCAGAGCUGCAGCCAGGCCGGGAGCCCUGCUACAUUCUCAUGGAAAAUCCCCCUUCCCUGGCCAAGGCUCUUCCCCUCUCAGCACCAUGUUAUUCCCACCUCAUUUUUUAACUGGGACUGGAGGAGAGGGAUCCAUGCCAGAGCAGGGAUGGGCUGGCACUGCCAGCUCUGGCAGGACCUGGGGGUGACACAGGGCUUGGGCUGGGCCUUAGAAGAGCCAACAAGCACAUGAUGACCUUGCAGCCUGGAUGGGCACAGAAAGCCCUGUCAGUAACUAAGGCCCUGGGUGGGAGUUCAGUAAUAAAAGGACGCAGGAAAUGAGUUGCUGUGACUAGUGCCAGGCUGGAGAGCAGGCAGCCUCAGGGGCUGGCACGUUUGGUGUCUUUGAGCAGCACCAGGCUGUUCUGGGAGGUGCUGCUCCUUCAGGGGUUCAAAGACAAGGUACAGAGGUGUUCAUGAAGAGUCAAACAGAGCACUGAUGGAAAGUCCAGCCUUUGACACCAUCAAGCCCCAAGAGGCCAGGGCUGCCCUUGGAGUGGGCCUCUUCCAUCCUGUGUGAUGUCUCUGUUCAGCAGUGUGGGUAGCACUGGGCAGGCAGCUCCUCCCCCAGCCCCAGUGCUUCCUCAGGGCCCCUGACACCUUUCCAGCCUCAGUUGUUACCAGUUUGGGGUACUUUUUCUUAUCCACUUUCACUUAACACAUCUGUUAGUUGAGAGUUUCUUUAGCAGCCCAAGCCCCUGGUUUUUCUCAGCACUUGCUUUCUCUGGACCAGAAUGAAGCUCUUCUCUCCUGACUGCCUGGGGCUGAUGUGUGUCUGUGUCCCGUUUCUCUCCUGCCCCUUACACAAUCCAACUCCAGUACUCCAAGUACACAUCCCAAGAGAGCUGUGACUGGUCUGUGUGUCCUCCUGUCACCGUGUCCUGAGGUGUCAGCCCUGUCCCCACCUUAGCCCAUUAUUUAUUGAACAACCUCUCGCUAAAUGUCUUCAAUUAAACCA